AUGAAUCCGGUAUACAUUGCUGGGGCAGCGAGGACUCCCACCGCACGCAUCAAUACCCAGCUAGACUCCUUUCCAGGCACCACACUGGGAGCCAUUGCAAUUCGUGAAGCCCUCCGUCGCUCAAAAGUACCACUUGAUUUAUUCUCAGAUGUUUACAUGGGCCAAGUGCUUCAAGCUGGCACCGGCCAGGCCCCCGCAAAGCAGGCUGCGAUGCAGGCCGGGUUGGGAUCAGAUAUUGAGGCUACCACAAUCAACAAGGUGUGUGCUUCUGGGCUCAAGGCCGUUACACUCGCUGCCCAGAAUAUCCAACUGGGAUACGCCGUUGCCCAGGUGGCCGGCGGAAUGGAGAGCAUGUCAAAUGUGCCUGGAUACUUAAAGAAGGGAGAAGAUUCCGAGUCCAAAGAUAAUCCGGUGAUUGAUGGUCUCCUGUUUGAUGGGUUGACUAAUGCCUCAGAUGGCCGGUCUAUGGGCGCCUGUGCCGAGAGCAUUGCUGAGCAGAUGGGUAUCUCCCGCGAGGACCAGGAUGACUAUGCCCUCGGUGCGUAUCAGCGGGCAACCCAAGCGCAGCAGAGAAACGUCCACCAAGGAGAGAUUACCCCGGUGUCCAUUGAUACAAACAUGGCCGAAGUAUUUGACAUGGACAGUCUCCCCCAUGAGAGCCUCGUUAACCGACUUCGUUCUUUAAACCCCGUGUUCAGCCCUAAUGGCACGGUCACCGCUGGAAAUGCUUGCCCGCUUAGCGAUGGUGCUUCAGCUGUGGUUUUGGUAGACUCCCAGACCGCUGGGCAAUUCUGCCGAGAGAAUCGAGUGUUGUCAAAAAUAGUGGCUUAUGCCGAUGCCUCCGUUGCUCCGCAUGAGUUUGCUCUAGCUCCGACUAAAGCGAUCCAACUCGUCCUCGAGCGGGCCGAAAUGUGUGCUGAACAGAUCUCGUUUUGGGAAAUCAACGAAGCUUUUGCCAUCGUGGUGAUAGCUUCGCAACAGUUGCUCGGCUUGGAUCCUGAUACCGUUAAUGUCAACGGGGGGGCUAUCGCCUUCGGGCAUCCCUUGGGCAGUUCAGGUUGUCGACUUCUGGUCAGUCUCUUGCAUCAGCUAGCGGAGGACCAGUAUGGCAUUGCCGCUAUCUGCAAUGGGGGUGGAGGUGCCACUGCUGUGCUUAUUCAGCGUGUCCGAGGCGAAAGUCUAGAUGUCCCAUCAUGA